AUGGGACAGGCCCUGUCUGACGAGAACUCGCGGCAGGCGACGCACGAGGAGCUCACCCGUGAACUCACCUGGACUGUGCUUCAUGCUUACCAUCAAGACCACCAGGCCAGUCGCUUCGCAGACAAGUGCUUCACCUCGCUCGAGCUGUACUCGUUUAAAGACGUCUUCAAAAGCCUGGCCGACAACCAAGAUGACAUCCGUUACCUGAAGGAAGACACUCUUGCCCGGUUCCUCGAGAUCCCCGAUAUCCUCCACGUCUCGCCCGUCAUAUUCCAGAUGGUUUCCUACAUCGGCGCCUUCCCCUUUCUUCAAGAUGCUCCAGUUGUCCUCGGUAUCGAUCAGAUGAUCAUGGUGGUUGUCAUCAUGACGCAGAGACAUAAGCGGGUUUUGGCCAAGGGAGCUACGGAUAGAGCCAAGCUCAUCUUCAAGAGCCUGGCAGUCCACGACCGCAUGGCGUCUGAGGCGGCAGCCGCUGCCGAAGACUCGAAAGCGAAAGAAGCGCCAGCAAGCCAACCGCAGCCCGCAAGCCACGUCGCUGGCUUCGCAGUUGAUGAGCCUGUGGACGACCCCGAGGAAGAUGACGACGAUCUCGAGAUCGCCGCCUUUGAACUCCUCGAUAUUCACGAUGCUGUCUGGCAGGGCGACGCGCCAAAGAUGCACGGCGCCAUGAUACCCGCCGACAACUUCCGCAAGCUGCUGAUGCUGCUGAUCCUGACCGCACCGCUUAGCCCGCAGGAUAGUCUGUCCAUGUACUCCACUCGGGUCACGGGCGACGAACUAGAUAGCCUGCGUGCUACCGCCGAGAACAUCCUAGCUGCGUUCUUGAACGUUGAAAAAGCUCCCGGUAUCAAGUUCGGCCACUUCAACCGUGUGCUCCCCGUGUGCUUCCCGAACCUCUUCACUGGGUUCAGCCCUCUGUUUGAGCACUUUCUCUUCUCCAAAAACUUGGAUUUCACAAAACAUAAAGGUGAAGACCCUGUGGCUGCCGAAAAGCAGCCAGAGGAGGUUGUGCAACCUUUGCUGCAAGACACUGCGGAUAUCCUCAACCUCAACGUCCUCUCACAACUAUCCUUCUUCCUCCCAGGAUCAGACUUGUUUAGGCGAUUGAGACUUCUCUAUUCCGGCAACGAAGACGGCUUUUCUAUCGGAAGCUUUGAGAGCAAAGUUUUUAAUUGGAGAGCACCCACCAUUCUUCUAGUACGCGGCACUCGCCUAAAUGACGAGCCACAUGGCAGCCAGGAGUCGACUUUUGCCGCCUCGAUCCCCCCGCGCCGCUUCCCGAACAGCGGCAAGGGAGACCGCCUGACGUUUGGUGUGUACGUCAGUCAACCAUGGAAACACACUGCCAAGGAAUGCUUUGGCGAGCAGGAUACCGUGCUUUUCCAGCUGGAGCCCGUCCACGACGUAUUCCCCGCUUCCAAGUACAACUCAGACUACGUCGCCUUCACCAAGCCGCCUACGAAUCGGCCUAUGCUCGGCGUCGGAUGUCCUCAUCCCCGACAGACGCAAGCUCACCGGAGGCAGACCAUGUUAUCUCUCGGAGCUGUCUCCUUGCUCCUCGACGACUCCUUUGAGUACGGUGUCUUCACCCAUGACUGGACCACUGGUGGCGGAGCAUUCCAAACGAGCACGACGCGCAAAUUCAACUUUCAAGACCGAUUCGAGAUUGAGAGCCUGGAAGUCUGGGGUUGCGGUGGAGACGAAGAAGCCAAGGUGCAGGCGGAGCACUGGGCCUGGGAGCACCGUGAGGCGGAGGCCCGGCGGAAGAUUAACCUGGGUAGCGGCGACAUUGAGGCUGAUCGUGCGCUACUUGAAAUGGCCGGACUUGUGGGCAACAACCAGAGUGGUGGCUCAAUGGCUUAA